AAAAAAUGCACUUAAGCGUACACAUUUCAAACGUUGUUAUAGAGUGACUCAAAAGUGAAGUGAAGUGAUUUGAAAAAUGCCGCCUAAAACUAGUGGAAAAGCAGCGAAGAAAGCCGGCAAGGCUCAGAAGAAUAUCACCAAAAAUGACAAGAAGAAGAAGCGCAAGAGGAAGGAAAGCUAUGCCAUCUACAUCUACAAGGUUUUGAAGCAAGUACAUCCUGAUACCAGCAUUUCGUCAAAGGCCAUGAGUAUCAUGAACAGUUUUGUGAAUGAUAUCUUUGAGCGUAUUGCUGGUGAGGCAUCACGUUUAGCCCACUACAACAAACGUUCAACCAUCACCAGUCGCGAAAUUCAGACUGCCGUACGUCUACUUUUACCUGGUGAAUUGGCCAAGCACGCCGUCAGUGAAGCUCUAAAUGGGUGUAUAAUGAAAUCCCGAUAUACAAAAUACCGAAAUACAGAAUCCCGAAAGGCAUUAUCCAGACACGACCAAAUCGCGCGAUUUUUUAAUUAUUUUUAUAUUUUGUCGGGAUUUUUGUCAUGA